AUGAGUAGAUAUGAAUCUGUUGAACCACCGUCCGGAAGUCCAAAAUCAUUCAUCUAUCUUAUCAUCAUAUCACAGAUUUUUGGGUUACUUUCCGUCGUUUUAACAGCCGUAUGGUUAGGAAAAUACUGGGGAGGUUUCAGUUGGACUCAUGCUAGCACUAUCUUUAAUUAUCAUCCUUUAUUCAUGGUCUUGGGUUUAGUAUUUCUAUAUGGUGAUGCAAUUCUAGUAUACCGUGUAUUUCGAUCAGUUCGGAAAGUGCCAAUCAAAAUUCUACAUGCUGUUCUACAUAUUCUUGCAUUUUUAUUCAGUGUUCUUGGAAUUAAAGCAGUGUUUGAUAUGCACAACGCUCUCACAAUACCCAAUUUAUACAGUCUACACAGUUGGUUAGGUAUAACAGCUAUUAUAGUGUUUGGGUUACAGUGGGUUGGAGGUUUAAUUGGCUUUCUGGUACCACAAACACCCCAGGUUGCUCGUAGUAAACUUCUUCCUGUACAUGUUACACUAGGCAGCUUCUUAUAUUUACUAGUAAUUGGUGUAUGUAUUUCUGGAAUUACAGAGAAAAACUUCUUUUCGGGAAAUUAUCAACAUUUAAACACUCGUGAAUUAGUCGGUAAUAUGCUUGGUGUUGUAUUGGUAAUAUUCGGUGGUCUAAUAUUUUACUUAACUCAACAUCCAAGCUAUCGUCGUGUAGAAAUAAUAUCUCCGGAACAUCGUGCACUACAAGAAUAAAAAUUAUUUCUCUUAUCGACCAUAAUAAUGAUAUCAAUGAAAUCUAUCAAUGAAAUAAAAUAUAAUUUAAUAUUUUAACUGAAUUACAAUCAGCUGGUCACUGUCACCGUUUCUCACCCUUAUCUUACACCUUUGGUUUUCUUCAUUUUUGUCAUGAUAUUAUAGAUGUUUGAAGUUUGCAUAAGAUAGAUGAUUACAAUAAUUUGUUAUACUUCAAUUAUAUUUUAUUUGUGAUAAUGUUGAUGUAUUUUUAUUCUAUCAUUUGGCAUUAUUUGUCAACCUUCUAAUUGGAUUUACUAAUAACUUGAUCUCAUAAUAUACUGUAAUGUGUAUUGUCAUCAAAUCAAGCCAUUUUUUUUGAUUACAAUUUAUUUCUAUUUGUGUAUUGAGUAUUGUAGUUUUUGGUGUCCCAGUAAAAAUAUCCUGUACUUUGAUUUUCUGGUCAUUGAUCUGAACACUUUUGACGCUUUUCCCUACAUACUUAUUCUUGGAAUCUGUGUUGUAAUUUUAAAUGUAAUAUUUUUUUUGUUCAGUAAAUGUGCAUAAACACUAUACUACUCCAUUUCUUAUAUAUAUAUAUAUAUACAAUAUGUAAUGUCCACAAUGUAAGUGGUAUGAUGGGUGACGAGAUCUUAUUCACGUCUACUUUUUCUUUCUCAUUUGUUGUUUUAAUUUGUGUUUUAACGAACUGGUGAUUAUUGUUCUUGUUUUAAAAUUUAUAUUGUUUUAAUAAUUAUAUUUUUAUUUGAGAACAUAUAAGUUUAUUUGUUUAUUUACUAAAAAGAGGAAAAAAAACAAGAGUUUCUGUUUUAAUGAACCGAUUUAAUUAUUAGUUCCCUUUGCAGGUUGACUUUAUUUUCGUACUUAUGACAAUUUUGUAAUCAAACUUUAUUGGUUACUUAUUUGUUUGUCUAUGUAUGUAUGUGUGUAUGUGCUUGUGAGUAAUCAUUGGUUUUGAUAUUGAAAAUGUUGUCCUACUUUUGCUUCAAGUUUAUGUCAAUAUAUAUAUAAUAUAUAAAUAAAUAUAUAUAUA